AUGAGCCAAGGAAACAACUCUUCGUGUUCAUCAUCAAACAUACCUAGAACUGCUCGUGAUAAAUUCUUUAAAGAUAUUCAAUAUCAAAAAGAAAAAAAGAGAUGGUCAGCUGAAUGCUUAUUAUGUGAAAAACCAAAAAGAGUUUUUGAUAACAUAGGUGUUACUUCCAAUUUUACUCGACAUGUUCGAGAACAUCAUAAAGAAGCAUUUGACAUAUGGUUACAUGAAUUAAAAGAAUUAAAAGGUACAUCUGCAAAAAAUCAAACGAAUAAAAUUACAAAACAUUUUCAAAAAAUACCUACAACACAAGGUUCAACAUAUAAUACAAAUCAUCCACGACAAGCUGAAUUAUCAAUGGCCAUCGUGAAUGAUUUAAUUAUUAAAUUAGGUCUGCCUUUAUCAAUUGUAGAACGACCAGCCUUUAUUAAUUUCAUGAAAACGGUAGAUCCUAAAUUUAGCAUGAUAAGUCGUCGAACUUUGAGUCGAACGACCAUUCCUUCAUUAUAUGAAAAAAUGCAAGAUCAAUUAAAAACUUUUUGUUCAACAGCUGCAUUUUUAUCCUUGGCUGUGGACAUUUGGAGCGACAGGAGGUUAAGGUCUUUUUUUGCUGUUACUGGGCAUGCUAUCAUUGAUGGUGCUUUUAAAUCAUAUGUCUUAGGUUUUGUUCCCUUAUGGGGUAGUCAUUCAGGCUUUUUAUUACUUCAAAAAUAUCAAGAAAUGAUCAAUAUAUGUGGUAUUAAAGAUAAAAUUAUCCGAUUAGUUACUGAUAAUGGAUCGAAUAACAUAAAUGCAUUUAAAGAUCUUGUUAUUCCAGGUUUCGAACAGUACUUUACUGAAGAUGAUAAUGAUGAUUCAAAUGAUGAAGAUAGUGGUGUAAAUUUAAAUGAUGGAACAGUUAGUGAUGAAUAUGAAUAUGAAUAUCCACCAAAUAUUUGCUCAACAACAACAAAUGAUUUUACAACUGCUGAAUUAACACAAGAAGAUCUUGUUAAAGAUUCAUUUCGUAGCUUAUUAGAAAACAAUGAAGUUUUUCGAAUUCCCUGUUUUGCUCAUACAAUUCAGCUUAUUGUAAAGGAUGGAUUAAAAGAAACACAAUCAAUCUUAUCAUCAUUAGAAAAAGUGUCUACAAUUGCAAAACUUUCACAUAAAAAUACAAAAUUUGCAGAAAAAUUAGAGAUGAUGAAAAUAUCAAUACCUCGUGCUGUUAUUACUCGUUGGAAUUCACAAUUUUUAACUGUUGAAAGUAUUUUAGCUAUACCUACUCUUGAAUUAAAUGAAAUUCUAAUCGAAUUAAAACAUUCAAAUCUAUGUUUAAAUGUUCGUGAUUUAGCUGUUUUAAAUGAAUUUGUUGCUUUAUUAUCAUUACUUGCUGAAGUAACAACAACUACGCAACGUGAUAAUUCUCCAUCUAUUUCUCUCGUUGCUCCAAGUAUUCUUGCUAUUUAUUUCGAUUUAAAAAAUGAAAACAAUAACAUUCAACAUACAACAACGUUAUGUAAUGCUUUAAUUUCUUCUUUGUUAUCACGAUUCGGUGGUCUUUUGGAACAAUUGGAAAUUGACGUUAAUGAAACAGGUAUCGAAUUUAAAAAGAAAAACCAGUUUUAUGAUCUGUACAAAGAUCCUGUUUUCCUUUUUACGCCAUUUCUCGAUGGCAUGUUCAAACUUAAUUGGAUUACUGAAUCUUUUCUUCCUGAUGCAGCUAAAGAACGUAUAUGUGCAAGAAUUAAAAAACUUAUAUUUGAUAAUGGUGUUAUUAUUGAAUAUACUAAAGAAGCUUCUGUUCCAGUGGACGUUGAACCGGUUCAGGAAGAACAAGUUCACGGUGCUGAAUCAUCAAGUCCAAGUGCACUCAAAAGGAAACGCUUAUUUUCAAAUAUUCAUAACGAUCAGAAAUAUUCAAAAAAAACAAAAUCAAUUGAUUCAAACAAUUAUAUUAAAGAAGAAAUUUCACGUUAUCUUAAUGAUCGUAACAAUGACAACAUGAUUCUCUUAAAACCAACAGCGUCUAAUUCAUAUAACACAUUAGCUAAAUUAGCUACAAAAUAUUUAUGCAUACCGACUACAACAGCCACUGUCGAACGUGUUUUUUCUCAAAGCGGUUUUCUUUGCCGAGCUCAUCGUGCUCGGAUGAGCAGAAAAACCCUUCAGCAAUUGACGUUAUUGAAAUGUAAUUGUGAAACUUAG